AUGGCAACCCUCCUAGCCGUGCCGGGCGCCCUCGUGCCGCGCGCACAUACCGCGCUAUCCGCGGCGGCGUUUGUCCUCGCCCUCACCGCGGCAUACCUUGGCGGGAUAUGGGAAGCUCUGUGCGAGAACAGCGUCGCCAAGUGGCCCGACGAAUGGUUCCCCUCCGUCUCCGCGACGAUCGGCGACCAUGCCGCCUCACGCGCACCCUUCCACAUCGCUAUCGCAUUAACCGCCUUUCCGCGUUUCGCCCUCCUCGCACUGCAAUGGGUCGCGCACCGGUACCCCCCUCGUGGGCGGGAGGCCGCGCACGCCCUCUCAAACGUCUCGAGCCCAACCUCAACAGCCCAUACUGGCUCGAGAGGGGCAUUACGGAACCGGAAACACGCUAAUGAUGAGGCAGGGCCCGUGCCGGAACAUGAGGAUGCCGUCGCGCCUGCAGGGUGGGCAGACGUCGAGGCCAUGUGUGGGCUCGGGCGGACGUUCUGCUGCGGAGGGUGGAUGUUUAUUACCUCGCGCGAUCAGCAUGACUUGCACGACCUGUUUAUGAUUGUCUAUCUUGUUCUCAAUGUGCCGUGGAUGGUGCUCUCGACGCUGCACUCUACGACGCAGCAGGCGCGUCGGUGGCGCACCAUCACUGCCGCAGGCUUCAUUCUCUCCAUCCCGCCACUCAUUUACUUCUUCAUCAAGCACAGCGUGCGCCGCAUCCCCGGCGCAUACACUCAAUACGCGUUCUUCGAAUGGGGUCUCGUGUUCUGGGACGUGGCGUUCGACGCCGGCUGCCUCUACGAGCUCGGCCACCUCCAGGUGCGCAUCGUGGACACGACCCGCGGCGACGAGCCGCACAAGGGCGCCAACGGCGGGCUAUACGUCGCACCUGUCCCCAAUUCACGUCCCCGCAUCGAGGAGGACUGGACCGCGCACCCGUCCCUGCCAAGCCGCCUCCCCAACCCCAUGUUCUUCGCGUACUUGAGCGACGUGUGGUUCGCAACCGUAUUCUGGACUCUCUUCACCGGCGUCAGCGUCCAGCUGUUCUACUGGAGCGUGUGGAGCCUCUCCCUCACGGGAAGUGAGCUUGCUGUCCUCAUCAACCUCACCCCGCACAUCAUGAGCCGGCGUAACUACCGCGCAUACGCCAUGUCGCGCGAGGGCCAGUUCUCGCACCGCGCUAUCAUGUGCGGCCUCGGGCUGGGAUGCUACGCGCUGCCCAGCGUGUCGGCGCGCUUCCUCUGCGUCGCGGGCGCGGUGUGGUGCGCUUGGUGCAUGUUCAUGGCCGACACGAUGCGCGUCCGUGGCUCACCCGAGAUGACCGCGCAGGCCAAAAUCUUCAUCACCGGCCUUCUCAUCUGCAUGCUCGGCAAGUACCUGUGCCACUCGAACAACCCGUUCUGGGCGAUCGUGAACGAAGACAGCGGGGGAUGGAACAAGACUGGCCUGCUCCUCUCCGCCAUCGCCCUUGCUGAGUACUACUACCGGCCGAACAGCCUCUUCCCCGCACCUCCAGUCAGCGCGACGCUCAAGGACAAGCCCGAGCCCGCCGAUGUGGUCACGACGCGUGGGCAGCGCUACGCCAUCACUCUCGGUCUCGGCGCCCUCAUCCACCUCCUCCAGACCUUCGUCUGUGAUCCGGGAACGAUCAUUGCCUGGGCCUGGACCGGAUACCCAGCCACGGGUCCCAUGCUCCACCCGUGGGGAGGCGUCACCAUGGCCGUGGCGACGGCCGGCGCGCUGGUCGGCUUUGACGCCUUGUCCCCGGCCACAUGGCUCAUUCCCUUCCCCGCGGCGGCGGCACUCUUCCGUCAAGACUGGGUUGGGUACGCUGGUGGCCUCGUGCUCGUGUUCUACCUGGUGGCGAUCGUUCCGACACUCUUCCGGGCCGCUUCAGCCCUCCCUCCCUCGGCAUGGGGUUACGCGGGCGCGUGGCUCGCGUUCCUCGACGUUGCGUCAGUCUUCACGGUCGCGUACGCGUUCGUGCCGUUCGGCUGGAUCCUGCGCGAGAGAAGCGAUCUCAUCAUGGCCAUGCUUCUCGUCCCAUUGCCGUUCGCCCUGAGCGCUGCUCGUGCUCUCCAGCCUUCCCUCCCCGGCCGCAACGCCCUGCAACCCCGCAGCGCCGCGCGCGUGCGCAACGUUGGGCGCUGGAGCGCCAUUGCAGCCGUCUUCCUGGGAAUCGGCGGCCUACUCACAGGCUUUGAGCGCGCAGCCGUCUCGGCCGGCCCCGAGAACCGUCCAACACCCUACUUCCCAGAGCACAACAUCUUUACCGGCGGCAUCUACACGGUGCACUUUGGCAUCGAUGAGCCGGGGCGGGACAGCCAGCGCCGUAUCGCGUCCCUCGUCGAAGAGAUGCAGGUCGACGUGCUGGGUCUGCUCGAGACUGACCUCCACCGUUUCGUCUACGGCAACCGCGACCUCACGCGCUACAUGGCCGAGGAGCUGGGGUACUAUGUCGACAUAGGCCCUGGACCAAACCAGCACACAUGGGGCGCCGCGCUGCUCUCCAAAUUCCCCAUUCUGAACAGCACACACCACCUCCUGCCCUCACCGCAUGGCGAGCUGGCGCCUGCAAUCCACGCUACUUUGGAUAUACACGGCCAGCGCGUUGACGUGAUCGUCUCGCAUAAUGGACAAGAGGAGGACCCGCUCGACCGCGAGCUGCAAACCCGCGCACUCGCGGAUAUGCUCCAUCUUACGGGCGACACGCCGACAGUGUUCCUGGGGUAUCUGGUGACGCGCAUUGGCGCUGAGCCGCCCAACCCCUACGGCCUGCUGUUCAACGACCACUCUGGCCUGAUCGACGUCGAGACUCUCGACCGCUGGCGCUGGUGCGAGUACAUUGGUUUCCGUGGACUGUGGCGCAUCGCCUUCGCCCGCCUCGAACACGGCACCGUGACCGACACCGAGCUCCAGGUGGCAAAGUUCAUUCUCCCCCUCCCAGGCCAGAAAGUCAAGUACGCGCCCGAGGGCCAGCUGUACUGGCACAUUGCCGAGAACGACAUCCCCGAGCCUUGGCGCAUGCCAAAGCAGUUCAGGGACAAGGGCGUGCGUGGACACGUGUACCGGAUCUGGGACGGGCCCCUUUACUACCUCCCGCCUUUGCAUAGUGGUGUGCGCGCUUACGGCCUGGACAACCGCACGGACUGGCCGCCAGCCGAAGCAGAGGCAGAUAUGCAGAUUGCGCGCGAGCAGGGCACGGCGGUCGAGUAG